CUCUUCACUAUUUUUCCUUGCUGUUCUAUUUAUAUUUGGAAAAUAUUUAAGAAAUUAUGGAGUGACCGGAGUUUUUCCAAUUAUUUUGAUUUAUUCGAUAGCCGCACAUUUGCCCAACAUAUCCAAUUUAUCUUAAAAUGAACUGUCAAGACUUUAAUAUUGUUGGAUUAGUUGUUAAAAUGCGGAUUCUUUUAUUUAAUAUUGAUAAAUCCUCUUGAGGUUUCAAAGGAAGACAGAUUUGGGUUCAUCUUGGUCAUAUUAGUACAAUUUAUGUUAACUAAGAACUAAUUAAGUUAUCUUAACCGAUUUAAAAUUUAAGCCAAAUGUGAAGUGCAAAAAUUCCUAUAUUUUCAUUUCAAAAAUAGAAUUAUAUGUUUUCUUUUACUCCCUGAUAUAUGUAUGUUCAUUGUACAAUAUAUCUUUUUACUUUUCGAGUGACGGGUACAAACAGAUGCGUGAUCUUUUGUUCUUGGCAAACAACAGAAACAAUUGCUGCCGCUUUUUGAUAAGUGGUGUACCUUACCGCUGCUUGUACUUCUGUUAUUUUGAUCGAUUUAAAAGCAGCAACUAUAAAACGCGGCAGCAACGUCAGUAAAGGUAAAGACAGCGACUUGAAGACAGAAGCAAGAUGGUUCUUGCUCGUUGCCUGCUGAUCCUGGCUGCACUACUGAUAACGUCCUUAUCCGUCCAAGCGCAGAUCCUGCCCCGUGGUCAUUGCCGCCCCACCUUAAUCAGAGUGCAAGUGGGUGGGUCUGUCUGCAUGCGCAUCUGCUACCACCGGGACUACCGCGGACCGCCGGUCCUCUGCCGUCGCGUCGCCAAAGAGGGAGUUGUGCCCGUCUGCGGCAACGGUUGUUGCCUCAGCGGUCCCAACUGCAUGCAGCAGUUCUACACCUGAAGUCGGCUGUAAACGAUGCAAGAAAAGCAUUGAAACAUAUUUUGAGGAACAAGCACUGCACAAUCUUUAAGUAAAUGAGAUAAGAUAAAAUUAAGUUGUACUGCUACUAAACAUUGCACGGAUAUUAUGAUUGUACGUCGGACUAUAUGUAAUAUCAUUUUUCUAUCAUCCAAAUUCUAGCGAUAUUUAAAUAAACAUAUAGAUAUUUCUUCCAAUCGUAAUUAUUUCUGUAGCUUCUAUUAUAGUUUUGUUACAAAAAUGUCUGUUCAAUCAAGGAUCGCUAGCAAUCAGAUGUUGAGAAAAAUAUUUCUAAGAAUUAAAAAGUAUUUAUAUUAUGGAUGAACGUUGAUCCGCCAUUUUUGACUAUCUGCUUCUACACAAACUAGUUUGCUAGCUGACUAGGGUGUCAUAUAACUAUCAAAAAAAUAUUACUGCUUAAUUAACGAGUAUCCAUAACUGUAAACGAAAAAAUUUGGUCAUGUACAUAUAUAACUCAUUCAGCAAACGCAGUUUUCAAAAGCACACCUAGCACUUGUACAAAGACGACAUUGAUAAUAAAAUGUUUUCGGUUA